AUGGCUCUCAACGCAAUUGUCAGUGGCGCUUCGCGUGGAAUCGGGCGAUCAAUUGCCCACCGUCUUGCUCGCGAGGGCUAUUCGGUCGGUAUCAACGAUAUCCCUGAAGCCUCGGCAGAUAUAGAUAACGUCAUUUCGGAGAUCAACAGUAUACUGUCGUUCCAACAUUCGAAGCCCCGGCCUGGUGCAGUAGCGCUGCCCGGCGAUGUUUCUUCGUCUUCCGAUGUUGCAUCUAUGGUAUCUAAAGCAGUUACCAAGCUAGGGCCAUUGACCCUCAUGGUAGCGAAUGCAGGAAUCGCUCCUGUGACUCCACUCCUUCUCUCAUCUACCGAGGAGGUGGAUAGGAUUUUGGGGAUAAAUGUUCGUGGGGUAUUUAAUUGCUACACUGAAGCCGCAAAACAAAUGAUCUCCCAAGGUGACAUCGCUCUUGGUGCGGGGAUUACGCGUUAUAAGCUUGUUGGGGCAGCUUCCAUAGCGGCAUUCAGAGCUUUCCCCGGCUGUGGGAUCUAUUCUGCGAGCAAAUUUGCCGUGCGGGGCUUGACCCAAGCCACAGCUGCCGAGAUGGCCCGACAUAAUAUCACAGUCAAUGCCUAUGCUCCGGGUAUUGUGGGAACGCCAAUGUGGGACGAAGUUGAUGAAGGUAUUGGUGAGAUUGAGGGACGCCCUAAGGGAAAGACCCUCGAGGCAUAUAGCAAAGGUAUUCCUCUUGGACGAGCAGGCGUUCCAGAGGAUGUUGCUGGGCUCGUGGGUGGGUUCUUAGCGAGCAAGGAUUCGGAUUAUGUUACCGGUCAAACGAUGCUUGUUGAUGGAGGCAUUGUCUUCAAUUGA